AUGCCAACAACAAGAAGUGGUCGGGUUUUAGGCUCAGAACAGUCGUCAAACAGCGGCUAUGUCAGUUACCAGCAGGACUAUCACAAACCCAACCGUCGGAAAACUACAGUCCUCGAUCCGAUCAAGGACAAUAAGAGACUGGCAAGAGCAACAGAGCAGGCAGCCAAAGCUGAAGAAGCUCUUGAGCGAGUGGAAGCAGAGCAUGUCCCUGCCGACAUCUUGCAAGAACAAAGAGACCGGACCGAGCUACUCACUAUAGGCAGAAACCUCCUUGAAAGCAACCUUCAAGAAUGGGACAAGCGGCAUUCACUUCGACUGGAAGCAGAGUCACAAUCUGUUUCGCCUGAAUCUGAAGUCGAGUUUCUCAAGGCUUUAUGGUCUAAGCAAGUGGAUUCACCAGCGGAAGAGCCUUCUUCUGAGAGACAAAUAACAGACAAGGCACCGAGUCCUGCCCAAGACUCACGACCACAACAACAGACCGCUCCGAAGGUUAUCAAAACCAUCCAUGAGACAGCUCAACCGAUGCCGAACUGUAUGCUCAAUAUCGACAAUGCCUCAUUUCUUGGAGUCUGGACCUCAGUAGUCACUCAGUUCCUGCAUCCCGACCUGUCUUGGACAACAUGUUUAAGUGUCGGCAACGCGAUUGUGACUAUCUGCACAGCAUCCGACGCAUAUCACCAUGACCCUGCCCAAGACAACGACCGUCUGUCCAAGAGCGCUGCCAAAAACGAACUCGAAGUCAUGGGCUUCAGACUUAGACUCAAACACCAUCUAGCUGUUGUCGACAAUCAGAAAAGACCGGCCGACGAAGCCGCCCUGAAGAGCAAAUUUGACAGCAAAGACGACUACAAAACCCUCAAGGAAAGCCUCGAGUCUUCAUUACAGACCAGUCAUGGCGGCUGCAAGGACAACCUAGCCGAAGAUGCAUGGUUGUUCUACAACGAACUCAGGCCUACUGUCAAUCAAGGGCCUGAGUCUUGGUAUAAAAAGUCAGUCUUCAAUUGCUGGACGAUGCAUAUAAACCUCGUAGAGAGUUCGGGAAAGCGGUGUUCCCAAUCUAGGUUGGAACAGAUGAUGGAAGAGAGAGAAGAUGCUGCGAGAGCUUUUGCUUCACUCCCUGAUAUGCCUGCCAAACGUCGACGCAGAUGA